AUUCCUUUGUUAUCGAUAUUGAUGUAUAAAUAAAUAUUUUUGGGAGAUGAAGCCGAAGACAUUUUAAAUAAGAUUCGAAAUUACAUAUAUUAAAAUGUUCUAUGAACACAUUAUUUUGGCCAAGAAGGGUCCUUUGGCCAGGAUCUGGUUAGCAGCUCAUUGGGACAAAAAGAUUACAAAAGCCCAUGUAUUUGAAACGAAUAUUGAAAAAUCAGUGGAAGGCAUUUUGCAGCCCAAAGUAAAAUUGGCGCUAAGAACGUCUGGUCAUUUGUUGCUGGGAGUUGUGCGCAUUUAUUCAAGAAAAGCUAAGUAUUUAUUAGCUGAUUGCAAUGAAGCAUUUGUUAAGAUUAAGAUGGCUUUUCGACCAGGCAUGGUCGACUUACCAGAAGGUCACAGAGAAGCGAAUGUUAAUGCAAUAACACUACCCGAAGUUUUUCAUGACUUUGAUACGGCGUUACCCGAAUUGAACGAUAUUGAUAUUGAAGCUCAAUUUUCAAUUAACCAGUCCAGAGCUGACGAGAUAACAAUGAGAGAAGAUUACGGCAGCUUAACGAUCUCUCUACAAGAUGAUGGCUUUGGAGACAUAGGUUUCGAAGCGGAAACACCAGAAAUUAUGCGGGGAUCUAUAACUUCAAAUAUCAAUGACAAGCUCUUUGACAGUGACGUGUUGGAAAAUAUUGUGUCACUGGAGCCACGCUCAACCGACGACCAUGCUGAUAUAUCUGGAGCUCGAUUAGAUGGUGAUGGAUUUGGAGAUUCUUUUGGGCAACCAGAACUUUUUGAAGAUGACCUUUUUGGAGAACCUUCUCAACCAGUCGAGCAGAUUGUUAAAAAACCUUCAGACGUAAUCAUUGCAGAUGAUUCUGACGAAGAUGACAUUAAUAAUUGUAAUAACAUUCCUUCGCCUGCCCCAUCGUUUAUAAAUUCAGUUGUUGAUGAGAAAGGUGAAACUAAUUUGCCAGAACCAUCCAAUGUGUCUGAUAAUGUGCUAAUAAAUGAAGUAACUCUUAUUCCAAACGAGGAUGAGGGAUUUGCAUUAGCUCCUCUUGAUGCAACCAUUUAUAGGGGCGUGACAAAGGCGAAGCGUAAGAGAAAACUUAUUAUUGACGAAAUCAAAAAUAUUUCUGGAGAAGAAAUGAAGGCUCAACUGGCAGAUACUUCUGAUAUAUUAACAACACUGGAUCUGGCUCCACCUACAAAAAGGUUAAUGUAUUGGAAAGAAACCGGAGGCGUUGAAAAACUUUUCUCAUUACCAUCAAGAUCCAUACCAGCCAGGUCCUUACUUACUAAUUACAACAGACAGUUGUUUUCACAUUCAACAUUCUUUGAAGACUUCUCAAGUGUUGCUCCUAUGGAAAUUCUUGCAUUGGAAUUUUAUGCUCAAGAAAACGAAAAUUCAUUAAUUAUUUUUAAUAAAAAAGGACGCAAACGUAAAAAUGAUCUUUCUUCCCAUCAGUUUUUGGACCAUGUAGCAGAUUCACUUAUUCAAAGCAUAGAGACCCCUGAAAUCUUAAGAGAAGAUAAGAAACCUCUAGGGCUGUCUGCCGUUUCUUUGGACAUUGCAACAAAAGACCAAGAAAGUAUUGCUUGUCAAAACGAAUCAACUCUUUUUGAUAAUGUGCGAAGUCCAGACUUAUUAUCCUUAAAUGAAAUGGAACAAUUUUCAUCAAUAAAUGAACUGCAAUUAACACCAAGAAACACAAAUCAUGACAUGGGGGAUGAUUUUAAUCAAGGGGACUCAACGCCAGCUGGAUUGGAUCAUGGCCAAACAAGUCCGCAGCAAUCAAAUAUUGUCGAGAUUGAUAAUAUCCCAAUUAUACCUACAGAUCAAAUUAGCGCAAUUUUAAAUGAAUCUAUUGAACGGCCUUUAUUAAAUGACAUUGGAUUUUUAAAAAAAACAAACAAUAUUUUAAAAGGAUGGAACAACUAUGAUGUUCCAACUUUUGUUGGUCAGAGUCAUAGUGACGAACAAAUGGAAAAUGAGACCGACGAACAAUUCGAAGAACGUGUGUUAAAUAAGAGAGCCGCACAACUUUUUAUUGACGUUCGAGCACAGUUUAUCGAUAAAGAUAGUUUGGCUCUUUCCCAACUAACAUUAGGAAACUCAAGAAAACAGGCGGCUCAAAAGUUUUACUCCCUUCUUGUGCUAAAGAAAUUUAAGGUGCUCCACAUUGCUCAAUCUGCUCCCUAUGCAGAUAUUAAUAUUACCCGAGGACCCACGUUUGAGAACCCAAAAAUUUAAUAAUAAGCACUGCUGAAAUGUAAAUCUGUCUUAACUCAUAUCUCUAACUUAUUUGUAAUAUAAAUAUAUAAAAAAACAUAAUGUUUAUUUUAA